AUGUCUUCCAAUACCAGCCAAGUAUCAGAUCUGCCCCCCUUCGCUCGGCACAUCACCGGCCACAAUGAGGCUGGUAGAGCGGUGAUCCAUUCCUCGAACACGGAUAGAUGGGUGUCACUCGAAGCAACCAAGAUGGCAUUCAACGUUAUUUACACGACCCAAUUCCCUCCGGAUCUCAACAAUGACGCGGACCUCAAGGGCCACGAAGCUUUGAUGGAAUCGAAAGGGCUCGGCCUUGUUAACACUGGUGGAACCGUGUGCCGCAUUGUGGACUUCGCCCCGGACAACGUUGUUGUAGUUCACCGGACGCAGAGUCUCGACUACGGCGUGGUGAUUGAAGGACAGGUUGAAAUGAUCGUGGAAGAUAGCGAUCCGGUUAUCAUGAACCGGGGAGAUGUUGUGGUGCAGCGGGCUACGAUGCAUGGGUGGCGCAACACCAGCAAGACAGAAUGGGCCCGUCUCAUGUUUGUGCUGCAGGAUUGUAAGCCAUUGUCGGUGGCAGGGAAGGAAUUGGGAGAAGAACUGGGACUCGCGGCUGGAGAAAUCCCCAGUAGCAACGCUUGA